CUGCUUUCCAAGAAGAGAAAGUCUGAGAAACGAAAGUUAAGGCAUUAGCUCUGUCUUGUCUUCACAGCAGAGCAGCUUCAGCAGCCAUGGCCUCUGGAGACUCUGUGAAGAAGCUCAGCGAGGAACUGUCUUGUCCCAUCUGCUUGGAAUAUUUCAAGGAGCCUGUGAGCCUCUCCUGUGGGCACAAUUUCUGCCAAUCCUGCCUGGAUCAAUGCUGGGAGGAGAAAGAGGCCUCCUGCCCACAGUGCAGGGAGAAAGUGCAGGAAAGGGACAUCAGACCCAAUAGGCAGCUGGCGAACGUGGUGGAGAUAGUCAAGGAACUGGGGAGCCAGAAAGCAGAAGAAAAGGGGAGAGUCUGCCAGAAGCACCAGGAGCCCCUCAAGCUUUUCUGCAAGGACCACGAAGCCCCCAUCUGUGUGGUGUGCGACAAGGCAAAGGAGCAUGAAAACCACAAAAUGAUCCCUCUGGACGAGGCAUCAAAGGAGUACAAGGAUCAGAUUUGGAAUUUUCUGGAGACUCUGAAGAAGGAGAAAGAAAAAAUUCUGGCCUACAAAGCAGAGACAGCACAGGAAAGCCAGGAUUUGCUUGAGAAAACUCAGAGAGAGAAGGAUAAAACUGUGGCUGCAUUCAGACGCAUGCACCAGUUUCUAGAAGAACAAGAGAGGAAUCUGCUGACAAAAAUGGAAGAGGUGGAGAAGGAGAUUUCAGCCAAAGGGGAGGAACAUCUGGCCAGACUCUCCGAAGAACUCUCCUCUCUCUCGAAAUUCAUCCAUAAGAUGGAGGAGAAGCAUCAGCAGCCGGCAAGUGAACUCCUCCAGAUAAGGCCCAUACUGUCCCCUUGGGUGGCUGAGACAGUGACACCUCAGCUUUCUCAUGGUUCAGUGUACACAAACUUUUUUCAGGCACGAUAUCAGAAGCUACUUGCAGGCAAGAUACACCCUGUGAUAUAUUUUUUUUUUCUUUCCUGCAGUUAUAAGGAAAAGGGGAAAUGUGAGAUCCCUGUGGCUUUUCCUCCUGCCCUGAAAUGGAAGAUCUGGGACUUCUGUGAUAUAAAUCCCUUUCUGGAGGGUGUCAUGAAGCAAUUCAGAGACUCUCUGGAAUCUGGUCUUCCGCAGCUAAAAGUACGUGUGACUCUGGAUCCAGACACAGCCCAUCCUCGGCUCACCCUCUCGGAAGAUCGCAGGCGUGUGACAUUGGGAGAGAAAAGGGAAACUCUUCCUGACAAUUCUGAGCGAUUCACUAAUUAUCUUUAUGUGCUGGGCCAGGAGGGAUUCAGGGGAGGCAGGCAUUUUUGGGAAGUCCUUGUGAAGUAUGGGAAAGCAUGGUAUGUGGGAGUUGCCAGAAAGUCUGAGCAGAGAAAGGACUCCUUUCCCAAUGGCCCCGAUGCUGGGAUCUGGCGAGUAGGAAAGUGUAGGAGUGAAUACAAGUUCUACUCCAACAACAGUGUGUCCCCAACUCUGAAUCUGAGUGAGAAACCCAAGAGGGUCCGAGUGACACUGAACUGCGAAGGGGGUCGGGUGGCCUUUUACGAUGCAGACUCAGCAGCCCUGAUCUAUGAAUUGCCUCCAGCCUCUUUCUCAGGAGAGACCCUCCUCCCGUUCUUUUCUGUGUUAUUAGGCCAACUGGAGCUCUCUCCCUAAGGAUGGAGAACAAUGUCCAAAGACUCACACCAUCUGAGACACAAGAGGAGCUUUAUUUCUGAUUGAGUUUGGAAUGUUUAUUUAUUUAUUUAUUUAUUUAUUUAUUUAUUUACAGCAUUUAUAUUCCGCCCUUCUCACCCCAAAGGGGACUCAGGGCGGAUCACAUUACACAUAUAGGCAAACAUUCAAUGCCUUUUGACAUAGAACAAAGACAAACAAACAUUCACUGUUAACAAUAUAAGUGGAAAAUGUUAGAUAAAAAAAGUAUAAAGUAAAGGAUGGUUUCUAAUCUGUAUGUAGUAAUCCUUGAGUGACAACGGGGAGUCAAUUAAAAGGAUAAGGCACAGUCACAAGAAUGGUAAAUGUAUGCAUUAUACAUGUUUAUCUAAUGGUUAACGUCCAUAUUCAAGCAUAUGGCUAUGUGGUGCCCUUUUCUGCGUAUCUGCACCAGAUUAAAUGUUUAAAUACUUUUUAAAACCUCAUGCAAAUUUUUUGGGAAGAAGGUAGGUGGAAGAGCGUCAGUAUUCUUGAAGACGCAAAGACCACCAGCACCCAAGCCGUGAUCCUCCGCCAUCUACUUUGCUGGACUGGCCACCUGGUCUCAAUCACUGUCUCCCAAAGGAGUUACGUCACUCUCAGCUCAAGAAUGGAUAACAGAAUGUUAGUAGACAGUGAGAGAGAUAUAAAGAUGGGAUUAAUGCUAACUGUUAAUAAAAUGGAAUAAACAUGAAGAACUGGGAAGCCCUGGCCCUCGAGCAUUGGAACUGGAGGUCAGGUGUUACUAACAGUUCUUUGGAUUUUGAAGAGGCACAAAUAGUGGGAGUAAUGGAAAACCUAAUUAUAAUGGAGUUUUUAUCUAUGUUAUUUAAUGUUGGUUUUAUGGCAGAGGCAGGCAGGAGUUGGCUACUUAUGAUUGGUAGAUGCGUCACCGUGGUAACGUAGCCACUGCAGUAGAAAUGUAUCCAUAUGAGAGUGGCUAGCAAGAAAGGGGCGGAGCUAGCUGGAAGGAAAGAGAGGGAAGAUUUUUGAAAGUUUUUGGAAUUUUCUAGCUGGGUGAGCUAGAAGGAAGAGAUCUGUGUUUAAGUUUGUAGCUUCCAUGGUUAUACUGAAGUAAAAAGAGACCAAUUUAAGUCUAAGUCCUCAGUUAUGUGAAACGGAGAGAAAGAGAGUCUUUUGAGACAAAGUUUCAGUUAAAUUAUUGAUGUUAAGGAGUGGCUAUAAGGCAUGAGUUACCCAGUCAAAAGGCUGAGGAGAAAUACAGUAGAGUCUCCCUUAUCCAACAUUCACUUAUCCAACAGUCUGGAUUAUCCAACACAUUUUUGUAGUCAAUGUUUUCAAUACAUCGUGAUAUUUUGGUGCUAAAUUUGUAAAUACAGUAAUUACUAUGUAGCAUUACUGCAUAUUGAAUUAUUAUUUCUGUCAAAUUUGUUGUUAAACAUGAUAUUUUGGUGCUUAAUUUGUAAAAUCAUAGCCUAAUUUGAUGUUUAAUAGGCUUCUCCUUAAUCCCUCCUUAUUAUCCAACGUUCUGCCAGCCCAUUUACGUUGGAUAAGUGAGACUCUACUGUAUAUACCAGGGGUCCCCAAACUUUUUAAGCAGAGGGCCGGUCCACAAUCCUUCAGACUGUUGAGGGGCCGAAUUAUCAUUUGAAAAAAAAAUACAAACAAAUUCCUAUGCAUACUGCACAUGUCUUAUUUAUAGUGCAACAACAACAACAACCAAAGAAUACAAUAUUUAAAAAUGAAAACAAUUUUAACCAACCUAAACCUAUUAGGAUUUCAAUGGAAAGUGUGGGCCUGCUACUGGCCAAUGAGAUAGUCAAGUUAAUUAGGAUUGUUGUUGUUGUUGUUGUGUGCCUUCAAGUCAUGUCAGACUUUGGCCGAGCCUAAGUCUAAAAUUAAUUAUUUAUUUACUGCAUUUAUUUACUACAUUUAUAUCCCACCCUUCUCACCCCGAAGGGGACUCAGAGCAGCUGUAUGUACAUACAAUAUAUUAUAUGAUUAGCAUAACACAAUAUUAGCAUUAUAUAUUACUAUAUUGAACUAUACCACUAUACUAUUAUAUAAUAUGUAAUAUAUAACAUAUAAUUAAUAUUAUUAUAUGGUAUUACUAUUAGUAUUAUAUUGUAUAACAUAAGAUUAUUAUCAAUAUUAUAUGUAUCUACAAUAUAUUAUAUUAUUAAAACUGAUAUAAAAAUAUUAUAUUAUAAAACUGAGGGUGGGGGCCAGGUAAAUGACCUUGGAGGGCCGCAUCCGGCCCCCGGGCCUUAGUUUGGGGACCCCUGGUAUAUACAUUUGAAAGAGAAGAGAGUGCAUUACCAAGAUGAACUAAGUUAAAGUGUUCUGAAAGUUACAUAAUAACAAUUUUAUGUAUCCAAGCAAGUGAAAGAUAGUAUCUAUUAUAUCCAAGUGGAACUGAAGUAAAGAGCUCUGUUACAAGAUACGCGUUAUGUGCAAAAGAAUCCAUACAUAAACACUUCUUUGUUUCAACAUAUAUAUUGAGGUCUUGUGUCAAGUUACAGGAGGGAGGUUACAAACAUGAGAGUCGGCCAGAGAUUACAUUGGAGUGGCCUGUGAGGAGAGAUUGGGAGCUGCUUGGUGGCUCCAGGUUUGGGGCUGAACAUAUUGAAGAGACCUAUACAGACAAUUUAAAAUUAAAUCCAGUAACAAUCAUAUAAAGAGAGGGGACACAGAGACAGAUAUGGUGUCUUCCAGGUGUGAACUGCAAUUCACAGAGUUUGUGGGGUUUCCUCCAUCACUCUCCCCUCGAUGCCUCGUUGCCUCACACACACUUAUGUGUCUGUCAUGUGUAAUGCGUCACGCUUAUGUGUCUGUCAUUGGCAGUGGCUGGGAUUUUGAAAUAAACCCUUACUGAGAAGUCCCUCAGUCGCUCCCUCCCUACAUAUUUAAAUGGUGGCAGUGUUGGGAUAUCAAGAAAGAGAUCUCCCCCCACCCCCUGUCUGAAUGGUAUCCCUUAUUACAGUGGGCGAAAGGGGGGAAUGUGCAGAGAGGAAGGUGCUUCCUGGGGUGGGUUUACAGUGACUUCCUUCCUUUCUAGCACUGGGGAACUCCUGCUCAUUCCUUUUGACUGCAAAAUACCUCCGAACUUAGUUCUGCCGACCACACUGUCUAACGUAUACAUGAAGCCAUUGGAGCAGAUUGUAUGGAAUGCAGUGCAUAUUAAGGGUGUCUAGGAGUCUAGGCAGAUCACAAGGUGAAACUGAUUUGAGUUUUAUGCAACAGCUAAAACAACGCAAAGUGAUUUCUAGGUUGCAUCAAUAGCAGUACAUUAUAUACAUACUUAAAAACUGUGACAUAGACACUGAGAACUGGGAAGCCCUGGCCCUUGAAUGCUCUAACUGGAGGUCAGCUUUGACCAGCAAUGCUGCAGAAUUCAUAGAGGCGCGAAUGGAGGGCUUAAGGGAGAAACGUGCCAAGAGGAAGGAGUGUCAUGCCAACCCUACCGGGACCGCCUUCCACUUGAAAACUGAUGUCCUCACUGCAGGAGAACAUGCAGAUCAAGAAUAGGUCUCUUCAGCCACCUAAGAGUCCAUCCUCAAGACCCCACAACUGGAAGACCAUCAUGCUCGAACCACCUAAGUAUUAUAUACAUUGAGGGAAGUAAUAGUACCACACUAUUUUGCUCACCUGGAAUACUGUGUCCAGUUGUGUAUUCCUGCAUGGGAGAAUAGAAUUGGACUAUGUGGCUCUUGGGUCUCUUCCAUGAUUCUAUGGUCUUGUCUCAUAUCCUUCUGUCUGAGCCUAAGCCUGCAUGAGAGAGCAUGAAACAAGAGCCUAGUCCUACUGAUAGCACUAUAUAUUGCAUGUUUGAUGUCUCCAAAAAGUGGCCUGGUAUAGAUGCCUCUUGGGUUCCCUCCUAAAUCAAGAGAGACCAUUAAGUGCUAAUAAGAAGAACCAACCUGACAAUAUGGACAGAAAACAACUGCUGCUUGUGAGAGGACGUCUAGUGAAAGGAAAGGCUGACAGUCCUUUCUCAGGGUCCUUCCACACAGCCAUGUAAACUAGAAUAUCAAGGCAGAAAAUCCCAAGAUAUCUGCUUUGAACUGUGUUAUCUGAGUCCACACUGCUAUAGAUUCCAGAUAAUGUGGGAUUUUGUUCAGCUGUGUGGCAAGGUCCUCAGUCCCUUUCUAUAGUGACAUAGAAACCAGAUUGUGCCUGAUCUACGGGGACCCCAAGGAGGGCCUACAACUGGGUUUUUGUGGCAGAACUUGUACAAAUCUCAGAAAGUCAAGACCUUUUGGAAUAGGAAUUCACUCACAGUCUUUGAAAAACUGGAAACAAACUCUUUAUUUCUAAGUCAAGCAGAUUCACCAGAAAGUCAGUUCUAACUCUGUGGAAAAGACCCCAAGUUACGCUCUCAGCCACCCUCCAUAUUCCCUUCACCUCUUUAUUGUUUCCAGGUUCUCACGGUUUCUACAACUUAUCAGAAUAACAAUGGUUUUAUUAGAAUCCUCUCCCAGCCUUGACAUACCAGGCGGAGACAAUUGACAGGCCUUUGUGAAAUGUCUUCAUGAUGGCAUGGGGGCCUCUGGGGACUUCCUUGGAAAUUCAAGAGAGAGCCAUGACAGCAAAAGAGGUUUGCCAUUGCCUUCUUCUGAGGCUGAGAGAGUGUGACUUGAAAUGGCCAUGCAAGGGAGGAGAAACAAUUUAAUUGAUUGGAUUGUGGCUAUAAACCCCCAAAGCUCCCUAAACUGGCUCCUGUAAUGCAAGGAGAGGUGCAUUUUCACAAUUAUAGACUAAAGCCAAGUCAAGCAACUCCCCAGAGGGAAAGGCUACACUCAGAUCUGAUAGUGAUGAGAAAGGUACAUAAUAUCUGUUUCUCAGGAGGUUUCCUAUUUAAAUCCUUCUUUCCAUUAUCUUGAGAAGUUUUGCCCAAAUUACACGUAAACACAUACAUGCCAUACAAUCACUGCUGUGGAAUCAGAAGUGGUAGAAAUGUAUUGAAUCUGACUCUAGUUUCAAAAUAAAAAGUUGUAAUCCCAUCGGGUGAGAAGGGCAGGAUACAAAUGUUGGAAAUAAAUAAAUAAAUAAAUACAGUAGAGUCUCACUUAUCCAAUACUUGCUUAUCCAACGUUCUGGAUUAUCCAACGCAUUUUUGUAGUCAAUGUUUUCAAUAUAUCGUGAUAUUUUGGUGGUAAAUUCGUAAAUACAGAAAUUACUACAUAGCAUUACUGUGUACUGAACUACUUUUUCUGUCAAAUUUGUUGUAUAACAUGAUGUUUUGGUGCUUCAUUUGUAAAAUCAUAAACUAAUUUGAUGUUUAAUAGGCUUUUCCUUAAUGCCUCCUUAUUAUCCAACAUAUUCGCUUAUCCAACGUUCUGCUGGCCCGUUUAUGUUGGAUAAGUGAGACUCUAUUGUACUAUUAAAUGUCUAAUUCAUUACAUUCUAUCAGCUUUCCCUAUGCUGGAGUUCAGUGUGCAGGGCCCUUUGACUGGAGGAAAGCUGCAAAUAAAAAGCUCUUUUUUAACCUGAGAGAAUUCCUUUCUAGUCAUCUCUAGGUCUCCUGCAUGACUCUGUGGUGUAUCUGGAGGACCUAAAGAUUCCUAAGGAGGUCUUCUCUCUGGCAAUCUUAGGUCCUCCAGUGUGGCUCUUUGUGAAGUCUCCAGUAGAAAUUCAACACACAAAAAAUACACUGGAGGACCAAGGGAUUCUGUGUGACUUUCCAAAUUAACUUUAGUUUGGAUUAAAACAAAUGAAAUAAAAGUGUCAAACUGGAGAAGGAUUCUAUGGAGCAGAUCUUGUAAAUUCAGCCUUAAUCUAGCCACCUGUAAUGCGGUUUCCAUCUUUUCCUACCUUGAUCCGAUAUGUCCACAAUACAGUACCUUUGUUUUGGCUUCUAGGGAGAGUUCAAUCCAGAUUGGGACACAUUUGUGUGUACAGUAGAGUCUCACUUAUCCAACAUAAAUGGGCCGGCAGAAUGUUGGAUAAGCGAAUAUGUUGGAUAAUAAGGAGGCAUUAAGGAAAAGCCUAUUAAACAUCAAAUUAGGUUAUGAUUUUACAAAUGAAGCACCAAAACAUCAUGUUAGACAACAAAUUUGGCAGAAAAAGUAGUUCAAUACGCAGUAAUGCUAUGUAGUAAUUACUGUAUUUAUGAAUUUAGCACCAAAAUAUCAUGAUAUAUUGAAAAUAUUGACUACAAAAAUGUGUUGGAUAAUCCAGAACGUUGGAUAAGCGAGUGUUGGAUAAGUGAGACUCUACUGUAUCUUGAGUGGUCUGUGGUAUCUGUGGAGCUCUUCCAAAACAUUUCAGUUGAGUUGAUUUUCUUCCUGCUCGCUUUCUUCAUUGUUCAGCCUUCGCAACCAUAGAUAAAAUUCAAAAUGCUAUGGCAGGGGAACACAGUGGUAAGGGAUAGAAAAUAUGUAUAAGCAUAAAAAUAACAGUCGAUGCCAAAAGUUAAAGAAUGGUAGCUUGUAUUGAAUAUUAUGUGUCUGCUGUUAAACAAACGAUGUAUAAGGAAUAUAUUGAAUUAUGAUAAAAAUUAAAAA